AUGUCUGGGCAUGCAGCAACUACAACAGCCCCCCCUGCAGUGAAGUUUGUCCUCCUGCAAUUUCCUGCCCCCCAUGUCCUGCUUGUUACAAUCAAUUUCGAAAAGCAGAUGAACUCUCUGCCGGUCGACGCGGUAUGGGAAAUGCAUCGAGUAUGGAAAUGGUUCGACGACGAGCCUGAGCUCGAAAGAGUGUCCAGGCUUAUCGGUAUGCCCGCAAGGGUGACAGAGCGUCAAUCAUUGUCAAAGUCUGAUUUUGAUUCUGCCGCACGGCUAAACGCAUAUCCCUCCACCGGGUUUGCCGGGCUCACUCGGCGAAAUGGCAGAAAGCCAAUAAUAGCAGCUUGCAACGGGCAUGCGCAUGGCGGCGGUUUUGAAAUCGUUCUCAACAGCGACAUCGUGAUCGCGUCGGAAAAUGCGGAUUUCCGACUUCCGGAUGUUUUACGGGGAACAGCAGCUAUGGCUGGCGCCUUUCCACGACUAUGUAGGACAUUUGGACUGCAAAGAGCCAUGUGGCUCGGGUUGACCGCGCAUACCUUGACCGCGCAGGAAGCUCUGCAAUGGGGCCUUGUCCAGAAGAUUGUACCCAUUGACGACCUCAUUAAGGAGGCGGUGGAUGUUGCGAAACUCAUUGCUAGCAUGAGCCCCGAUAGUGUAAUUGUCACCCGAGCCGGUAUACGGCAGGCGUGGGAAACGAGCAGCAUAGAACACGCAACAUUUUUGACGGGAGAGACCUACGCGGCGAAGCUGAUGUCCGGAGAGAAUGCGCGGGAAGGUAUGCUUGCAUUUAAAGAGAAGAGACCCCCAAAAUGGGUGCCAUCGAAGCUAUAG